AUGUCUCCCAGCAAAAACGGUUAUUCAAACAAGUCCUCUCUUGGAGGUGCUGAUCUUCGACGAUCGAAAUCAUCCAAACACAACUUCAACAAUGCCGUGCCCACGGACAAUUCCACGGCGGUGGGACUCUCCCGACCCCGAAAACCUCUAAACUAUAAAAAGUUUGGCCGACGAAAAGCAAGGAGUCCUAGCGACAGUGCGUCUGGGACCGAAACUCCUUCGCUCGGAAGCGACGACGAUGGCGACGACGAGGACGAGGACGAGGACGAGUCGGACGACCAAGACGAUGAGCCGGAUGAUUUUGCCCCGUUCGAUGGUCGCAAGGCCGGGAAGAAGACAGCUGGGAAGAGCGCCGCUGGUUCCCAUGGGACGGGGCAUGAUAAUGCUCGGCCUACAUUGGCAGGCAAGAAACGUACCUUUUCUAAUCUAGGCUCAGAGCUCUCCGACCUCGACGACGAGGCCGUGUCGGACAAUGAGACCCCUCUGGCUCACCGCCGCAAAGUCUCUCGCACAAAGAGCGAUUCGAGCGAGUCGCUCAGCAGCGUGGUCGACUCGGAGAGUGCCAUCAGCCAUGAUGGUGCCGAAGGCGGCGUGUCCACACAUGGCGCCACCUCUGACGAUGACUAUGCCGGCGUCGAUUUGAUCAGCGACUCGGAUGCCGAGGACCACGGUCACCUUGAAGAAUUGGAAGAAGCCGCAAUCAUACAGUCGGAAGAGAACGACACCCCUACCGUGUCUGCCGCCCCCAGCAUCUCUGGCGGUGAUAGCGAUUGGGGAGACUUUGACCUCGAUGGCAAUUUUCUCUUUCCUGACGUUCCAUUCAUUGCCGAAUUCAGCAAUGCUCCGGACACUGCUGCUGGCGGCGUCCAGCUCGUUGAUCCCUCCAAUCCUCUUGAUAUGUCAUCGGUCGAUGAUAUCGAGGCGCGACAUGUUCGAUUUCAAUCCGACAAUCACGACUCUGACAGCUCGAGCUCGUCUGAUGAGGACAACUUUGACUUUCCCGACCUUUUCCUACAGCAAGACAGCCUCGAGCCUGGCUUCCGCCUGAUGAUUGAAAAUGACCAGGACGCUGAUGACGGCUACUCUACCGAUUCCGACGGCGAAGGCUCGUAUUGGGACUUUCGCGGUAGCGAUGACUUGGAGGAUGUUGGCCAGAAUGAGAAGAAUGAAGAGUCUGAAAGCUCUUCGGACAGCGAAGCAAGCUACGAAUCCGAAGAAGGCGACACGACUGAUGACGACUUGCCGCCUCCGGCCCUUCUUGUGCGGCGUCGCUCCGUUCUUCGGCGGUCUCCCAGUCCAUCUUCUGGAAGUGACUCGAGCAGCACUGUGUCGUUUCGCCGACCGAUCAAUCCUCCAGCUCGUCGCACGGGCCCGUCGAUGGGCUCGUGGGUCGCUGAUCCGAACAAGCCGAUUGCGGUCAUUGACAGCUCGGGAAAGCGAAUGGUCAUUUACCCAGCCCAAAAUCCUCUUCAGCGGGAUUCCAAACUGUUUGGAUUCCUCGCUGGCGGCGAUACCAGUGCCUCUAGCAGCCCUCGAACGUCAUUCCAGAGUCUUGGGGAUGAAAGCGAAAAUGAUCGAAGCGAUUACUCGAGCCAUGGCUUCAGCACCCCUAUGAUUGGUAAUGGUGCUAACUUAAUGAUGCCCGGCUUGCUCCAUGGUGCUCCCGGCAGCGAACAUCUCCUCAGUGGUCAAGUCCUCGGUCCCCCUGAAGCGUUUUAUCCAUUCAAGGCUGUGGGUCCUGAUGGCGAUGUCAUGGAAGAUGACGACGAUGAAGAGGAAGACGAGGACCUCUGGAACGUGCAUGACUUUAUCGACUUUGGCGAUGGGUCCUCUGACAGUGAGGAUGCGGGCCAGGAAACAGACGUUCCAGCAUCGCCCGCCAACUCUACGGCGGCCAAUCCCUCUACGACGCCUCACAAGGCCGAGACGAUUCGAAGUGGAGACGUGACCGCUCGGAGCAUGCUCGAGCAUUUUGAUCGAGGCGUCGUCACUGCUUUCCGAAGCAACCAGACUCGUCACAAAAUCCUGCUUGGUCGGGCACAAAGUCGUGAAUAUUCUCCCAUGGGACCUUUUCAACAGGGCGGGGGUGUGAUCAAGGGCGGCAGACAUGCCGCGGUUAAUUCUCCCAUUACACCCUUGCGCAAGCGCAGAACCGCUCGUGGUCCAAGCGUUGGGGAUAACAGCCCCGCCUCGCGUGGUGCCCAGAACAGACAGAGGUAUCGACAGGGCUCUCAGAGAUCAUCGCAUGGAAGUUUUUAG